AAUGACGUUGUUUUCUGUUUCAAAACAAAAAAUAAACUAAAAUUCAAAUAAAUCUGUAUGUGCACCAAACUGAGCAUUGACAUAAAUGGUAAUUAAGGACUGCCCUUUCGUAAAUAUGUUUUACAUAAUGUAUAAAGUGGGUUCCUGUAAGUCUCCAUUGGAGUGAAGCCAUAAAUAAGUGCCUAAAAUGUCAGGUUAUAUCGAAGAUUACGAAGUAUUAAAUGUAAUUGGGACCGGCUCUUUCGGUACAUGUUACAAAGUACGAAAGAAAUCCAAUGGCUGUUUAUAUGUAUGGAAGGCUGUUGGUUACAGUGGAUUGAGUGAAGAAAAGAAACAGCUUCUUGUCUCAGAAGUUAAUCUACUAAGUGAGCUGCAGCAUCCAAACAUUGUACAGUAUUUUGAUCGAGUUAUUCACAAAGAAACUGCUACACUUUAUAUUGUUAUGGAAUGGUGCAAAGGUGGAGAUCUUUCAACCCUGAUUAAUAAGUGCAAGAAAAGCAGCAGCUUCUUGGAUGAAGGGUUUAUAUGGCGCGUUCUGUAUCAAAUGUGCCGUGCUCUUCAGGCAUGUCAUUGGCAACUGUCUGUUACUGUAUUACACCGAGACAUCAAACCAGCAAAUGUGUUCUUGGACGGAGCAGGAAAUGUGAAAUUAGGGGAUUUUGGGCUUGCUCGUAUCUUGCAUGAUGAUACCAGCUUUGCUCAAACAUUGGUUGGGACACCUUAUUACAUGAGUCCAGAGGUUAUUAAAGGUGGCAAAUACAAUAACAAAUCUGACAUCUGGUCACUUGGCUGUCUUGUCUAUGAGUUAUGCUCACUGUCACCACCCUUCAUGGGGCAAAACAUCAAACAGCUUGCUCUAAGAAUCAAGGAACGCAAGUUCUCUCGAAUCCCUGCCCAUUAUUCAGAUGAUCUGCAAAAGAUUAUAUCACUUCUGCUUAGUACUGAUCAUAACUUCCGUCCUACCACUGAAAUGAUUCUGCAGCACCCUCUAGUGGUAACAAAUAUUGCUCAGGAAACUUUCAAAACUAUGUUUUCAAAACCUGAACAUAGUGGCAGUCAGAAGGAAAUAAAUGAAAUUCCCAAUGUUGUACAGAAUUUGCAUGAACUCCAUCUGUCAGAAUCAGGCACAACUGCAUUCCAAGGUGAAACUGAAAGCAAAAAUUGCAAGGAAAGUAGUGAAAAUGUUCAUGACAUAUGGUUGAAUAGAUUUCACAUCUUAAAGCAGAGAGAGGCAUCUCUGAGAUUAAAGGAACUUGCCAUUGGUGAAAGAGAAAGGACACUUGCCAAGAAAGAGAAACAGGUGACACUACUAGACAGAGUGACAAAAGAGAAAAUGACUCGAGCCGACAUAUAUUUACGACAGUGCAGGGAAGUUCGAUCCGUCACCAGUAGUGUCAAGAACUUACGGCAGCAGCAACGAUACAGUUCAGCCAAUGCAGAUUUAGAUACGUCUCUUAGCGCUGAUCCUGGUGACACAAGCGUACUCCCCACAUCAACAAAGUUGUAUCCAGAAUACAUCACAAAACCUUCACCGUUUGCAAGAGGUGGAUCUGAGAGACGUGUCCACUUUGGCACGCUGCCAAUUACAAAACCAAAAGCAAAAUGUAGCAGUCUCCAACUUGCUACCAAUGUCCCUCAGUUUAUCCAUCCACCUGGAGACUUGCCAAGCGCUCUUAGAGUCAGUACCAAAGUGCUGGGUGACAUACCAGAACAUGUACCAUCAAAGCUUUCUGAAGUACAUGACUCAAAGGAAAAGCUGCAGAAAAAAAGGGUUAAAAGUUCCUUUCAUGACCUACAAAGGGCAGAAAUGGAUAACUUGCAAAACAAUGUUCUGACUGUUUUGAAUUCCAACAAGUACGUUAGCAGAAGCAGCAACACAAUUGUAAGACCCCCACCACGCACUACUUCUUGGUUGGAGGAUCGAACACUUUGGCUUGAGAACAAACGACAUUCCUACGUUCUUGGAAGUUUGAGAGCACCCAGAAGUACAAAAAAGGAAAAUGCACAACCUCAAGAACAAAGAGUUACAAGAUGUGUGGGCUUGUCUGCAGCUACGGUAUCAUCUGCACCUAGAAGUGCAGUAGCUUUAUAUUCAAGCUUCAGAUAGAUUAAAAGUAUUAUUAUGUAUAUUUUGCUAAGUUGCAUUUGUGUUCACAACACAAUUAUUACAUUUAUUGGAACCAUCUGGUGGUAGUUCUUAUGAUUAACACAACUAACAUAUUAGCAUCUUAAAAUUUAAGAUUCCAUUUUAUAUGAGUAAGCUCACAUAAUCACUAAUUAGGAAUGUAUUGACAGAUGACUGUCCACAAAAUUUUUGGCAUGUACUGCAUUCCAUUACAUAAUUCAUAUUUUCCUCGGGAUUUCAAUGACUUGGGUACAUGAUUUACGUGAAGGUUUAAUUUUGUUUCUAAUGAAACUGAUAUUGUUCAUAUUUUUCAAUGAAUGACAGUACAAAAUAAAUGUCUAAAAGACUAAUUAAGUUUUGUUUUGAAUGUGCACGCCACAAACCAGUACAAAUGUUAUCAUACAAAGGACAGUAUUUAUGAGGAACUAAGAGUAUGCAUCUGAUCAUUUGUACUGCAUUAAAAUGUCAUAUCAACAGAUCACCUCUGAUUUUCAUUGAGUCUUCCAGAAGCAAUUAAUGGUUUCAAGUAUACAUAAAUUGCACUAUGAAAUGUAAACAUAGAAUAUGUUUUUUGACAAUAAUGUGAGUGUUAAAAUAC